AUGGAAAUAUUACAAAAAUGGCAGGAAUCUCAUGAUAAUAACCUAAUGAAAAUUAUAGACAACCAAAACGCCAUUUUAAACACACUAGCGGCCGAAGUAAGUGAUAUCAAGUUGCAAAACGCAGAUAUUUUAAAAUCGCAUCAAGAGAUUGAAAAAUCUAUUGGUUUUGUGAAUCAACAGUAUGAAGAGCUUAAGGGUAGAUUUAUUGGCUUGGAAAGGGAACGCCUCCAAUUGCUAGAUUACAAUAAAUCUCUGGAAAAUAAGUUGAAAGACAUGCAGCUUAGCUCGCGCUGUUCUAGUAUUGAGAUCCGAAAUGUACCUCCAAAAGAGAAGGAAUCCUACACCGAUCUAAUUUCCGUGAUCUCCAGCAUUGGCGAUGCUAUAAAGGCGACAUACCUUCAACUCUCACACAAAACAUAA